AGUGGAGGAUGACGUGUUUUCGUCAUCAUUCUGCUGAUUUUAAAUGUUUACAGAUAAAGUUUGACCGCUCACAGUCUGCUCGAACCAUCACAUCAACGAACACCAUGGAAUGGGACGAGAAGUCACCACCACAUUGGCAUCAGUGUCCAUCUGGAUCAGCAGUGGGCAGGAGAAAUGUGGAGGUGAAAAGGGACGAGUCCAGCAGUGACAGGGUGGAGUUGAGGAUGGGGGUGAAAACAUCCAAACCCGAAAUGUUGGUCGAGCUUUCUUCGGGCUUGUGUGAGGACAGUGAAGCCUUCAGGUGCAGAAACGGCCUUUUUGAAUCAUCAUCACCACUCUGUCUUUCACCAGCGACUGCGGCAGCACAAACACAGAUGCCAAGCCCGAAGCCCAAGGCCAGGAUGCAGGUAGCAUGCAGGCAGCUGACUGACAGGAACGAGGCGGCCUCUCUCAAGGACCAAUCUCCUCUGCCGUUACUAACACUCAAAGGGACUGUAAGUCUGGCAAGCACUGACCCCAGGAGGCCCUCCUCGGUUCAUGCAUCCAUCACUGGAAAAGCUUCAGUAUCAACUGCUCUACUACAAGGAGCACGGAGAUUGAACGGGAGGUCGGCUAGUGUCACCAGAGAGGAAAACAAAAGUAAUCAAUAUUACAGAGACCUUACCCGGCAGGUAGAGGAGAGGAAACAGCAGUUGGAAAGGGAGAAAAGUAGAAAUGCUGUUGAAGAACAAAAGCACAUUGACACCAUGCAGUACACCAUGUGGGGGAUGCCGGGAUGUGGCGCCCCAAACUACCACCUGAGCACAGUGAAACGGACCAAAAGCCUCAACGAUGCCGGGAUUUUACCCCAGGAGCAGACCCGUGAUAAAGGCUUUAGUGGGACCCUCUUCCACCACCUGUGAAAUGAGACCAUAACAUCCCCAAUCCGGGACCACUGCGAGCUACGGAGCAGCCAGGCAAAUAACACUCUCUGACUUUUGUCUUCAAGUAAUGUUAACUUUGCAGCCAUGGACAUGUUUGGGCUGUUUCAGCAGCAAAUUCUGAUGGUGGCAAAGACAGAAUGUCAAUAAACUCAGACCAAGAGAACAGAAACAUGUAGAGUAUGAACAACUCGAGAACAUGAAA